AUGGACAAAAUCCCGCCGUACGACUAUGCUCUCUACGCGUUUGCUGCCCGUUCAGCUGUCAUCACUUGCUCGAUUUUCGAGCUUCUUCAAAUCUUCGGAUCCCUUGAAGAAACGUCGUCUUUUGCCAAGUUCAUCUACUUUUUAUUUGCUGGAUCAUCAGCUGCUGCAUCUGCUUUCAACAUUGCAAUGAGCACAGAUGGACGAGAUGAAAUCAGAAAAGUUGUUGGGAAUCCCGAUUGUGAGACUCGUGGAAAAGCAGCGGCUUUGGUUCUUUCACCUGUCCUCGCUGGACUAAUUCUGUUCGUUUGUGUCUCUGGAAAUGCCCUUUUCUCCUUUUUCGUCUUGAUUCAUGUCCUCAUUUCGAUCACUCAGUUUGGAGUUGAAGCAUACGAAACAUUCCUCCAAAAAGGAAGCGGGACUGCUUCAAACAACCCAUAUGCUCAACUGGCGAAUCCAUCUUGUGGGGCUCCGAUUGUUUCAGAAAAGAAGGCAACUUCUCAGUUUACGGAACCAUUACAAGAUGUGAAGCCAGUGAAAGAUGAGGGAAAAUCGAAAGUUCAGACUCCGGUGGUCCAAGAACCGAUUUAUCAUACAUUGGAGAGAGUUCAGAAAGAGGCAGAAAAGAAGAAGUAA